AUGUUGGGUACUUACUGUACAGUGGAGCCUUACAUUGAUGCCAAAUACGAUAUACAUAUACAGAAAAUUGGAACUAACUACAAAGCGUUCAUGCGCAAAUCUAUUUCUGGAAACUGGAAAACUAACCAGGGAUCUGCUAUCCUUGAAGCCAUCGGCAUGAACGACAGAUACAAAAUGUGGAUAGACGAGGUCAGCGAAAUAUUUGGCGGGUUAGAAGUGUGUGCUCUGGAAUUGGUGGUGGGUAAAGAUGGGCGGGAGCACAUCAUCGAGCUCAACGACUCCGCCACCUCCUUCAUGGGUGACUCGCAAGAGGAGGACCGCCGUCAUCUAGCGGACUUGGUGCUACAGCGAAUGCAGGCUGUCUGUCGACCGGGCCUGACGAAGACGACAUCCAGAGCGUCCGUAUCUGGCAGCUCGGCGGCAGCGUCGCCCGAAGAGCGGACGAUGCCGCUACCGGGCGCGGGCGGACCGCCCAGCGCGCCGCCGCCCGCGCCGCUUGCCUCCGCCGCCAGCAUCGACCGGCCCCUGCCGCCGAUACCUGCCGAGCCCGCGCAACCGCCGCCACCGCCGCUCACUAGGCGCGACUCUCAAGCAGCAUCGCAAUCGUCGACCGUAUCGUCAGCGUCAGCGGCACCCAGCACGGCGAGCAGCGCGGCGGCUGCGGGCGGGCCGCCCUCGGGCUCCGCCGCCGGGCGCGGGGGCUUCGCGCGCCAGGGCUCCCUCAGCGCCACGCUCACGGAGGACGCUGAGGACACCAUGAAGAACCUAAGGAAGACCUUCGCUGGCAUCUUCGGAGAUAUGUAAAAGCGAUAACGAUCCGGGGGAGGCGUGUGUGUACAAAGAAACACUGAAGAUUUUCCGUUCAAAGAAAUCUGAACCAACUCAAUAAAUUUUCUGGUUCUAUGUGAAUCAAAUUUACAAUCUCUUAUCUCUUCCUCAUCAAAAUUUUAUAGUGUUGUUAAAAUCGUAUUAACAUCACCGAAUUACUAUUGACCUACAACUUAAUGUUUUGAAUACAGAUUUUAUAUAAAACGUUAAAAUCUUCACCUGAAUCGUUUAUUGCUCAAGUCAAACAGGAUCUUUCGAUAUUUUAGAAGUUCAACUAUCUAUUGGUUAAAAAUUUUCUUCAAAAUAUGUAACCAUUAUAAACCUAAAAAUUAUUAAACAGAUACAGGUACCUAACAAAGAAAGCAAUUGUCUUUCAGUAGGGACCACCCUCGAACCGAGCGUGCGAAACGCGAAGACCGCGUGAACAGCAGAAAUGUAACAUUAGUUUUAAUGUAAAAUAACUAUAGAUUUUUUACAAUAAGUUUAUUAUAAAUAUGAAAAUACGAAUCAACUGAGCUGCAUUGUGAUUGAACCCGUUGGACGCGGCGCGGGGCGUCGUGCGUAGUGUCUCUGCUAUCACUAUGUCCUUCAAUUUUCACAGCACUUAGGCAAACAUAAAGAUUACUCUUUAUGUUUUUUUUGACAAGAAAAGCGACUAAAUUUUUUCAAUCAAUGUUCGGAUCAGAACUACUUUGGGCAAUACAGAAAACAAGCAUUUUUUUUAGUUAACGGCUCACUAUUUUAAUUAUUUACCAAAUGAAAAAGGGAUUUGUAGAAAUGCACGUGACAUACCUCUAACAGCAUCUUAAAGUAGUAAUAUUAUUUAAGGAGUAAUUUUACAGACUUCCUACUAUGAACGCAAAUAUGAAGAAAAAUUAUUAGUUAUAAUGCCAUAGUACGAUAUUGUGUUUAUUGUACGUCACUAAACUAAUUACCACUGAAUCCAGCAAUGGGGAGGAACUAUUUUUUUUUUCGAAGAGAAAUACUAUUAUAAUAAAAAUAAGGUAUUAAAUAAAACGUCACAAUAUUAUUUUUCUACUUAUAAAAACAACAUGCCCUCAUAACCAUACAUUGCUGGCAAUUAACGGAAUGUGAGCAAUGCUAAGACAAUAUUGUUAAAUGCAAGAAUUCAUGCACAUUAUUUACUAGUUGUAUCUCGUAGAUUUAAGGAACUCCUGUUACACAUUUAUAUUUAACUAAACUUGUAUAAUUACAAUCAUUUUCAUUUAUUUGCAGCAUUGAUUGCUUUGUGGAUGUGUCAUCGUCAUGUAUGUCCGUACAUCGAGGGUUUGGGUUAGAAAACAAAAAAGAACUCUUAAUGCUUUAUGUCGAGUGUGAUAUUUUAUCAGGAUCGCGUUAACGUAAGCUUAAAAUACAGUGCCUGUGGUAUUCCCGUAGUACUUACUCUACGUAUUCCAUCAGUACCCUUAGUACUUACCCUUUGAGCUCACGAAAACUAUCAUAGUUUUCGUAAUUGUAAAUUAUGUUUUUAUGUCCAUUUUGGUGAAAAGUAACCAAAUAUACUUAAAAUUUAAGAAGACGCAUAUGAUUUAAUGAUAGAAUUUAAACACUGUUUAUUUGUAUUGAAACGAAAACAAUAACAUCAGUACCCUUAGUACGAGGCGAGCACAUGAAUACUAUCAUAGUUUUCGUAAUUGUAAAACUCGUACUAAGGGUACAGGUAGCGGCAUAGAGCAAAACGACCGACGCGGACAGGAGGGGAGUAGGCAUACGCAGCAUUCUCCUCUGCCGGAUUGGGCAUACAAACGAUAUAUGUGUGUAGGAUUUGCGAUUUGGCGGAGUGUUGUAUCAUUGUUUAUGUGUGUGUGUCGUUAGUCGUUAUUAGUUUUGUUUUUUACGCCUGUACGUUAAACUGCAUUUAUGUGCAUAUCCCCCCCCCCCCCCCAUAAAAAAUGAUAAAAUGACUGUAAUAGUAAUGGGUCACUAUGGCUACUCCCUUCGUGUUACUCUAUAGAUAGCUGAAACCAAACGCCAUAAAAAUGCACUUUAACGCAAAUAUGAUCGAAUAUGUUACAAAAUGACUCAUCGCUUUAAAUGUAAUUUUCGUUGACAAUAUAUUAAUUAAAUGCCUUUAUAUCGUAUGACUGAUGGAAUGAAUAUUCGUGUGAGCUUAAGUCUGACAAGUGUCAUAUCAGAGAGCCGGUGUUAUGUUAAACAUCACAUCACAGUGCAUUGUGCUUUCAUAUCUAUUUAGAAAAUUUAAUGAUAAAACUAACAUAAUAAACUGUUCUUUAGCUGAUUCGUAUCAUACGUAGAUUGCUCUAUGGUGUAGAUGAUAUAUGUAUGUAUAUGCGCAAAAUAGCGACAAAUUACUACUUACACCUACUUACUUACCUUUAUCGUUAAGAUUUUUUUACGCCAUGUUAUAUUACUGGUUAUAUAAUACAAAGUUCACUUGUUAUAGUAGAUUUUACAACGAAAAUAGCUAUACUUAUAUAAAAAUAACGUAAGUUACAACUCAAUAGAUACCUACUUUAAGGUGGAUGAAAAUAUAAAACGUCAUUAUUUGUAUUAUACCUAUCUUAUUUUUGUUUAAAAUCGUGUCUCAAAAAUUAUGUUUACAAUAUACAUUGCGUCAUACAUACCUCCAAUAAACUAGACAUUAACGGUACGUUUAGAAUAAAUUCAUAAUAUUGCACUUGUAGGUAGAUUGUCACGGAAUCUCAGUACUUAAAAACAGCCACGAUAUGACGUGUAACUAAUAAAUUAAUUAUACUUAAGUGUCUAUAAAAUGCGCAAUUAGAUGAAUAACUAUAUAUAUGCAUAAAUUAUAUUUAAAUAUUAUUUAUUAUAUAGUAUAAAUUAAUACAUGAUUAGUUACAAUUUUGUUCCUUGUUAAGUGAUCAGAAUAUUUUUUAUUGAUUUGUCGUAUAAGAUAAUUCUGUCUUUGUUAAUUCCUGUUAAAAUAAGAAUAAUAAACACUAAAGUUAAUAUAAAUGCUGUUGUUGUUGUUGCUAACGAGUUAUUACGAUAUAUACUCAUAUGGAAUUAAAGAUUAGCGUUUUCGCAGAGGUCAUGGUAAAAGUUUAAUUAGUAUUGGUGGGCAUUGGAAUCAGUUCCAGCCAAUUUGAUGCCCCUAAAAUAUUUAUCGAGAUUAAAUCUAAUGAAGAAAUGGUCAGUCACAUUUUGUAGUAAGUAUUAUCUAGUUGUUAGUAUGUAUUUGAUGAGUAGAAUUGAAUUUUAAUUUUUCGUUAAAUACUUUCGUUUACAAACUCGUAGUGGUGGGCAAACGUCAACAUCAGGUUCGCCAACAACUAAAAUAAAACAAUUUUUUUUUCUUACUAGUAAUAUUUUCUUUAGAUUGAAAACAUCUAGCAGUAAAAAUUUUAAAAUAAAAAUAUAAUAAUGUUAAACAAGUGAGUACAGAUUAAGGAGUUUGGAAUUAAAUUUUGACAUCCUGACCGCUAACAUAAAGAAAAAGUAAUUUUAUUUCCGCCCCUGGCGGAAUAAGUUUGCCCACCACUGCCCUAAGGAAUAUAAUUACCAUCUGCAUAAAAUAGCAUUAAAAUAAUUGUUUAACAACACAAAUUGGCUCUUUUGAAUAAAUACUCUUUUUGAGAACCCAAUUCCGUAUUUAAGGUAUUUACAAUUUUAUUUACUUGUAAACAAGAAAAUUUAAAGAAAAAUCGCAUGUACACGUGUUUAGCAAUAAUUAACCAUGUGACUAUCAUGUCUUCGUUCGAAUGGAAUAUGUUAAUGGAAUUUGAAUGCAUGUUAAUCUAUAUAAUAAUUAUAUAAUGAAUACCUCUUUUGGUAAGUCAAUAUACAUACCGAUAUUGACGGUUACUUUGUUUCAUUUCUUAUUUGGAUUUCCUAAAUUAUAUAUUCGAAAAAAGACAAAUAAGAAAUCUUCAAUAAAGACAAUCAGGUGUUCGUUCACUUAACGAAUCGGCACCACCCACCACUGAAUAUUUUGAGUGGUGCCGAUCCGAAACGAUUAUGAAAUACAAUUAAACAAUUAUGAUAAACACAAAAGGAUAUAUUUAGAUUAUGAUAUAUGUUUGACACAUUUCUUUUGUCAUAAACAUUUAAAGGAGAUUGCUCAGCUUCCAUACAUGUUUGGCCUAAAGACCAAUAAUCAUGAAAAAUUGUUUCCUAGAUUCGAAAUUAUAUAUAAAUUACUGUAGAAACGAAUAUUAUUGACGGACACCCCUGAGAACUUCUAUAAACCAUAUACACUGAACAUAUUAAAAUAAUAAAAAACAAAUAAGUUAUAUAGUAAACUCGAGAAAUCAAGCCAAAUACCGAAAUUAUGGAUUAGAUUCAGGUAUAUAGAGCAUGAAGAUUAACAGAUAGUUGCCUAUUUUUUAAAGUUAAUGCAUAAGAGUAACUAAUAAAAUCAGGUGUCAUCUAUGCAUUUCCGGUUAUAAUAAGGUCUGUGACAGCCACACAGCCACAGAUUAGAGAGAAUUUUUAAACUCUCGUUAACCAAAGAAAGCUAAGAGAUUUAAGUUAUAUAGCCAUAUAUUCAGUAGCUUCAUUAUUUUUGUUUUGAUUUUAAUAUAACCAUAUUUUAGAUUUUUAGUGUAUCACACCUUAUAAUUUUAUUUAUUUAUUAAUUUAUAGUCAGGCAAUGUAGGCCCAUAGAUAGAUACCUUAAAGUCUAACAUAUAUACAGAUUGUAAUGUGUUUAUGGAGGUGUUUGGCGAAAAAUGUAUGGCAAUAGACUUUAUGAUGUCGCUUACCAUCUAUAAUAAUUGUCUGAGCACAUUUGCAUGAAGUGAAAAUGAUAAUAUAGUUGUGGAUAUUAUUACCAUAGUGUAAUAAAAAAAAUGAUUUAUUUUAUCGAUCUUUACAAAAUAGAUUUGUUUUGAUGUUAUAUAAACAACUUCGAUCAGUCUUUGGCUGAAUGUUACUACACCCAUAGCCAUUAAAAAUGAUACGUAUGUUUUCCAAACCGGUAAAAUUAAAAGUCCUUUUUAAAGUCAAUAUAUUAUACAAAGGUGUCCGUUGAAAUCUAAUGACUGUAAAUUAAAUUAUAAAUUAUUCCAAGAAUUACCGUGUAUGUCAAUAUUUUUUGUGCGUUUGGGCCAAUUUGAGCAAUCUCCUUUAAUAUGAUAAUAUUAAAAUGCCUAAGCAAAAUAUUUUAAUCUACGUCUUAUCAAAAGGACAAUGGGCAAAAUUGUAUGGACACUGCACCCACGUCCGCCACGGUUAAACUACAUUUGUUUGAAAGGUAUCAUAGUCAUGAUCAUUUGUGCCAAAGCGCAUCAGAUUCCAUCCUGGGAGUCUUUAGUUAUUUUAAGUUUAAUAGGUACAAUUCCAUAGGUAAAAGUAACUAUAACGAACAUAAUAUUCAAAGAUACAAGGACGAGUAUAUAGAACGGAUAUAUUAAUUGACGACCACGGAGGUCGUCAAUUAAUAUAUCCGAGUCGAGUGGUUUGUACGCCGGGUUUCAUGGUGUCCCUGGCUCGAGAGGUCCCGGGUUCGAAUCCUGGUGGAGGCAGAUGUUUGUGUGCUGAGUACGAGCAUUUAAAUUGAUCUGAAAUGGUUUUGAGGAGUCUCAGUAAGUGCAAGCAGCAAGCAAGCAGGAUAGUCGGUAGGCUUUGUUGUUUAGUAUUUUGUAUCUUGUUGUACAGUAAGAUAUGAUUCACUCACUUAUUAUUGCUAAUAUUAUAAAACGAAAGUACUAUUGAUAUUGAAUGAAUUUCUUUAGCUAUUUAAAUAUCAUCAUCAUCAGCCUAUUAAUGUCCCCACUGCUGGGGCACAGGCCUUCCCUAUGGAUGAAAUAGGGAGAUUGGGCCAUGACCCACCACGCGGGCCCAGUGCGGAUUGGCGGGUGCUAACGACUGCAGAUGCAGCCGGGACCAACGGCUUAACGUGCCUUCCGAAGCACGGAAGAACUCGAGAUAGAUGUUUUUGGUCACCCAUCCAAUGACCGACCACUGCGGAAGUUGCUUAACUUCAACGAUCGCAACCGAACGCGCUAACCACCUGCGCCAUCGAGCUUCUCUAUAAGGAGCUAUUUAAAUAUGCCCGUGUGUAACCGGUCCCCAUGACUUACACACAAAGGUCGUCUAUAAGGACUAUGUGCGGAAACCUUAACCCCUAAUAUAGAACAUACCCAGGUGUUAUAUCUUUUGACCCCCAGGUUAUUUUUUUUGGUGCCAUAAUAAAAAAGGCUAGUUUUUCAUAGAUCUAUCGAUUCAUACUAAUUACAUUGUUGGCGGAGCUGGGUGCGUUUUGCCCAUUGUCCUUUAAAGAACUAACUAAAAACGUAUUAUACAAAUUUUAUAUAUGUUUACCCGUAUAAAACCGUUAGUCAAGUUAGUAAUGAAAUAACAUUAAUACAAAAUAUAAGUGGCAUAAGCUUUAAACAGAAAAUAAACAAAAUAAAAAUAUUACACAAAAACUUAAAAAGAGAUUUUACGUCAAUGUUUGUUUAUAAACAUAAUAAUCAUAAUCAUUACACAUACUUUACAGAUAUUUGAGAAAAUUAUCUAAAUUGGAUAACUGAGUUUAGAUUUUUGGAAAACUGGGUUUUGAGGCUUCAUUAGUCUCAAUAACAACGAGAAGUAUAAUAAUAUAAUGCAACAAAACCUAAUCCGACCCGUAGGAGGUAUAUUAAUCAAAAACCGCCAAAAAGCUUUGUGAGGAUUUACCUACCAGCAGUGGAUCCGCGGGUGAUAAUCAGAAUAGCACUAGUGGCACAAUAAUCACGUCAGCAAAUAACUCAAUUCAUAGUUAUUAAGACUUUUUAAAAAAAAAACAGGUAAAUGUUAAAAAAGAACCGGCUCACAAGCUACUACACCCAGUAGGCCCAGCCCUGGAGUAAAGCGAGAAGGGCGGUUUCCUUAAGGCUAAAUACAAAAAGAAAAUAUUUCCUUAGAAAAAUAAACCUUCAAUCUCGCUCUACUAAUGUCAAGGGCCACCGGCUACGAAACACCCCCAUUAAAAACUGCAUAUUAAGGGCACCUGUUUGUACCAAGCUUAAGUAGCAAUACUGCAUAAGCGUGUGACUGGCCAAACGUCGUUGUCCAAUCAAAACACGGCAUACCCUACCUGCACGCAGCAAACUAGGACGAAUUCGAUUUUAAACAAAAAUGGGGACUUUAGUGGGGUAGCUCUGUGGGCCGGCGCUGCCUCCGAGAGUUGAAAUAGGCAGCUUCUACUUCAUCUAAUAAAGUUUUAACUAAUAGCCAACCGGGUCCAUGCCCGUGUUGAGACUGUAGUUUCGGUACAUGCCGGCAGCAGCUAGCCGGUUCGUGAACGUCUGUCCAGCUGGGUAGAUCACUGACGGCACUGAGUGGAUGCCUGUAAGUAAAAAUCAGGUUUUUUAUGUUAAAAAGGUGGCAAACAAGCAUUAGUGGGAUGGUAAGCGUCCACUAUAACCUUUGUGACGCUUGCGAUACCAAAAAUAUCAUUCGCGCCGUUGCCUACCGUGAUCCAGUACCCCAUG